CUCGGUGUGUAUAUAGACAAUGUAUUUAAAACUAAUUUUAAUUAUUUUCGCGGCAAGAGCACAAUCACAAAUAAUUAUAGAUGAUGACCAGAUAGAUUUACUUUGCAAGUUUAAAAAGUGUUUAUAUAAAUGUUGUGGGAAAGACGAAUUUGUGAGUGGAAUAACUAAAGGUCAGCCACCUAUGUGUGUGAAAUAUGAUGGUGAGAAGAAAUUGGACUUUUCUGACGUACAAUUGUACGAUGAUAAAGAUCAUUGGAGACCGGUUAGCAGGAAAGUCGAAGACACGUUUCUUCUGAAGCAAGGGUUAAUACUAAAUAAAACCUUUGCGAUUAAGUCUUAUGUACCGGAAAGCUCUUUCAUGAACAGUUAUUUAAGUCAGAGUGGUAUACUAUAUUUGGAGUUUCCAAACGCUUACAAAAGAUGGACGCCAUUAGAAUCAGAGUUUUGUUUGGACUAUGGCAACGGAACAGAUGUAACAAUUGCGUUCUGGGUUAACUUCUCGCCUUUAAUCGAACAGAGCAGCGAUUAUAUAACUGCAGCCCUUAUCAUAUCGUCGUUCUUCCUGGCUCUACUGCUCGUUGUGUACGCGGUCCUCCCAGAGUUGAGAAAUAUAGGUGGGAUGGUACUCAUGGCAUAUGUGUUCAGUUUGCUGGUCGCCUUCCUCGCCCUGGCUACGAUACAAAUUGGUUUUUAUGGGAAUGAUAGUUGUAUGAAUCUAACAAUCGUUAUAUACUUUUUCUUUUUGGCUGCGUUUGCGUGGACUAACGUUAUGUCAUAUGAUAUCUGGUGGACAUUCCGAGGCUACGCGAAAGCUCGUCCAAUCCAUCGCAGAGGAGAAAAGUUCAAGUUUUGUAUGUACUGUCUGUAUGCUUGGGGAGUUCCCUUAGCAAUGACCCUGGUAUUAUUGGUGCUAAAUGCAGUAGAUUUCAGUGACCAGCCAUGGAUUAUCAAACCUCUCGUACCGACAGUUGGAUGUUUCUUACAAGAUGGGCAAAAGUUAGUUUACCUGUAUUUUCCUAUGCUGAUAAUGAUUUCCGGAAACUGGGUGCUUUUCGGCAUGACUGCAUUCAAUAUAUGGCGUUUAAGAAGGGGCACUCAAGUGCUCAAUUCUCCAGCUGCUGGUAUACCGGCAGCUCAUCGAUCACAGAUUCAGAGAUUCACAGUGUAUUUGAAGUUAUCAGUAAUAAUGGGCAUCAACUGGGUACUCGAAGUUGUCAGUUCAUUUUACCCUGUUCUUAAGAUUUGGUACAUCACAGAUGCAUACAACAUGCUUAUAGGAAUUACUAUAUUUCUCAUUUUUAUCUGGAAGAAGUCUAUUUUGAACAAACUUAAAAACAGAUACAAAAGCUUCGGACGUGCUAAGCUUCCAAAAAGAUCAAUGACAGCAAAUAUUUCUCUAGAAUCGACUCGUAGACAAGAAACCCAACCAAAUGUGUGUCCAUAUCCAAACGAACAGAGGAAGUCCUCAGGUGAACAUAGACCAUUUCUUUCAGGGAAAUCCAGAUUCCGAGCAAACACGAUCUACGCGUUUGGAGUGCCCGCGCUGUUUACGGGAUUGGUUGCCGGUUUGGAAUUCUCACAUCUGCCACUGAACUGGUAUCUGCCCCUGUUAAGACAGCAAGGAUGUUUCAUAAGUGGAAAGAGCAAACUUAUACAUUUGUACGGGCCGAUGGUAAUCCUUUUUGUUGCGAAAUUGGUAUUUUUCAUCUUGACUGCUUUGAAAAUUCGAGAAAUAAAGGAACAGACUGCUGUACUGAAGUCUAGGGGUGCUACACACGACAAACACAAUAAAGACAAACACAGGUUGCUGCUGUAUGUUAAGCUCUUCAUAGUAAUGGGCAUUAACUGGGUGCUAGAAGUGAUCAGCAGCCUACUAUGUCCUGGUGGGUCUAAUUAA